AUGGCCGUCGAUCUGAUGUCCCCUUUCCCUCCCAGUGAAAUCGAACAGUCUCUAUACAAUCGGACCAGAGAAAUAUACAUGCCACGAGCUACUCAGUCGCCAAUUAACAGUACAAUUGUGGAAGACGGCUGGUUUUACAAACCUUUAAAACGUAGGAAGGAAGAGGCGAUUGUGGAGCUAGGAAGAGCGACUUUCCGAAAGCUUUUUGAUGCCUUCUUCGGCAACAAAGAAAUGAGGGUUGUAAUGCUUGGACUGGAUGCAGCGGGUAAGACAACUAUAUUGUAUAAACUGCACAUUGGUGAAGUUCUAUCAACAGUUCCAACAAUAGGUUUCAAUGUAGAGAAAGUUCAAUAUAAAAAUGUGAUCUUCACAGUCUGGGAUGUAGGCGGGCAAGAGAAGCUGAGGCCCUUGUGGAGGCAUUACUUUAACAAUACUGAUGGAUUGAUCUAUGUUGUUGAUUCCUUGGACAGAGAAAGAAUUGGAAAAGCAAAAGCAGAGUUUCAGGCGAUCAUCAAUGAUCCCUUCAUGCUCAAUAGCGUCAUACUAGUAUUUGCUAACAAGCAGGACAUGAAAGGAGCAAUGACACCAAUGGAGGUCUGCGAGGGGCUUGGUCUUUAUGACCUUAAGAACCGAAUAUGGCAUAUUCAAGGCACCUGUGCUCUUAAAGGCGAUGGCUUGUAUGAAGGUUUGGACUGGUUGGCAAGUACACUCAAGGAGCUACAAGCUUCCGGACGGUCGACCUCCAUCGGCACUUCCACAUUCUGAUACCCAAAAAAAGGCCUGUGCUGCAGCUUGGGAUCUGACGCGAGAUACCGCUGCAAUAAUGCCGUUUAUUUUGUAACUAUGGAGGAACUCUAUGGCUGUAUGUUUAUCAUAAAAGAUUGGUAAGAUAUGUGAGAAGAUCCAGAAGUAAUUGAAUUUUUUUCUUAAAAAAAAAUUAUAUGUUAUGUUGGAGCUAACUUUGAUGAAGGGGAGCUUUGUAAAUACAUUUACAGGUUUUUGGUAUAAUAUUGUUUGGUAGGUUAGGAAGCUAAA